CCUCCCCCUCCUUCCUGUAGGCCCGUGGUGCAGACCGUAGGCAGCCGCUGGAAGAGGCGUUGGAGGCCGUGCACUAGGAGGAUGCCGUCGUUGAAGGUGACGCACGCCGUCGUGUGCCGCGUGCCGCAGUCCUGGGCGACGGCCGUCGGUGUGGACGUGGACGUGGCCCGCCGCGAGCACGAGGCCUUCGUGCGGCUGCUGCGCGAGCUGGGGCUGGACGUGAUCGAGCUGCCCCCCGACGAGUCGCUGCCCUUCUGCCCCCUCACCGAGGACGCCGCCGUCGUCUGCAACGGCUCGGCGCUCAUCACGAGGCCCGCCAACGCCGCUCGGUCCAAGGAGGUAGAAACUAUUCGAGCGGUGCUGAAAAAGGAGUUGGAUCUUCCCAUCAUUGAGAUAGCUGAUGAAAAUGCCAAACUAGAGGGUGGAGAUGUGCUAUUUACAGGGCGAGAAUUUUUUGUUGGCAUUUCAGAAUUUACAAAUGAAGCCGGUGCUCGUGCAGUAGCUGCUGCUUUCCCUGAAUUUCCAUGCACUCCAGUCAAGGUAUCUGGGAGUUCCCACCUGAAAAGCCUGGUUUCCAUGGCUGGACCAGAGCUUAUGUGUGUCAGCUCUGGUAAAAACUCCCAGGAAGUGCUCAAGCGAAUCGAAAGGGAAGCGACUUACAGUUAUCAAACACUAACUGUUCCUGAAGAUAAGGCAGCCAAUGUUCUUUAUAUAAAUGGUACUCUUAUUCACUGCUCUCAAGAAGAAAUUCCUCAAUCGACAAAGGCUCUUGGUGAACGAAUUGACUAUCCCAGGAAAGCAGUCAAUGUGCAGGCACUCACUAAGAAAGGAAACGGACUCAGUUCCUGCUGCUUACUUCUGAGACGCUCAAGACACAUCAGAAGCCUCUGAAGUAAAAAAAAAAAAAAAAAAACACCUAAUGACCCCCUUAGUGUGUCAAGAGAACUCGGAGCAAUGUUAAGACAAUCAAGCCCUUGCUAUGCAGGAUGAGCAAUGAACUACACAAAUGAACUACUGUAAAUCUAAAGGUGGCCUUGAAUCAGUCAUUCAGUAGCUUCCCACAUCUAAUCAUUUGCAUUAUUGAACCACAUUGGUUUCCUCUACAUGAAAAAUUCCUGAUUUGAAAGUUGAAAAAGAUAGACCUGAGUAAAAAUGUGUUACGAAGUGACUGACUGGUGAAAUCUUACUACCUGGCGUUCGAAUUCCGGCCAUUGUGAGGCCAUCUCAAGGAUUUUACUGCGAAAAAUUUUGAGUGGACGUUGGCAUUAGGAUUAUGUAAUUUUUGCAAUGCUUUGUUUGCCAAGGUUAUUUUUUUGGUAACAUUUCUUUACUGUUAUGUAGUGUUAUAAUUUUUUUACAUGUAUAUUACAAGGUAUUGAUUAAUGAAUCCUUUUCAAUUUAGCAUUGUUCUUGGCCUUAUACCUGCUUGAAUGGCAUUCAAGUUACCUGUUUGUACUUUGGCUUUUGCCUUAUAGACUGACUUACUUUUGUUUUAUGAGUAGUGAAUGUCUCUUGCUUUACUACAAAAACUCAGGUAAAAUCCAACCAUGUGAAUAAUUUUUAAGUGUAAAAAAUGUACCUAAAGAAAUAGGUGGUUCCUCUAACAUUGUACAUACCAGUGGAGCUUUCUUUUUUGUGCGGCUUCAUAAAGGCAGCUAAGGUCUCUUGGCAUGCAGCUUCUUUUGUUUAAUGUUUUAAUAUGAUGUUACACUAAGCAUGU